AUGAACAAGAAAAGAAAUAAUUUCAAAAGUUUAAAAAAUGUUAAAAAGAAAAAGCCUUUGGAUUUGUCACAAUGCAUGCCACCAGAUUUACACCAUCGAGUAGCGAAAAUUAUUUCACUUCCGUUUGGAAAGGAUGAACCGUUUGAAGAACAGAAAAAAGUGACUUUCAAGGAUCUUUUGAUGGAAUUGGAUCCGAAUCUAGCUAAAAAGUUAGACGAUGGCUUGACUGAAGAGAAUUUUGUUGAAAUUAUCGAGAAACAUGAAAAGCACAAGGAAAUUGAAGUGAACAUUGAACCGAGAGCACCUGAAAGAAAAUUAUUUAAACCAAACGUUAAUUGGUUUGCUGAAUACAUAAACAAGACGAAGAAGGAACGAAUUGUCUGGCAAACAAAACUUUUCAAAGACAACAGAGAAAUUCAUGAGAAAUCUUUGUUCGAACAAACUGAAGAACUCAUCGACAUUGCUGCUGAACAUUUUGCAGUUUGGUUGAAACAAAUGGAUGAAGAGUCGAAUAUUAAUAAAGAAUUCGUGAAGCAACUUUUCUCGAUUGGAGUGGAAAGUGACGCGUCAAAAGCGCUUCAUGUUGAACCGAAAGAAAUUUUGGCCAUUCCACAUGAAGUGGCAAAAGUGAUGAAUCUUCCCGAUCAUUCCAUUCAAAAUAAUGUCGUGAAGAUGUCACGAAGUGAUAAGAAAUCACGAAUGAAGAAACCUAACACUGUCGCUUUUGGUCGUCUCUUACCACUUUCACUUCGUAUACAAAAAUUUAAUGAAAAUCUUUUUGAUGAACUUUACACCAUUAAUUGUCCACCGGAAUUACAAUCAUUGGAAGUUGUCUUUCACUCAAUUUUACAUCUUCGUUCAACACAUGCCUUGAUUGAACUUCUGAAAGCCAAACCUGAGCUACCACGAGCGAAAUAUCUUGAAGACAACAAAUUAUUUGACCCAAAAACUAUUCUGAAAUCACAAAAUAAAAUUUCGCCCUUAUGGACACAUUUUUAA